AUGUCCGGGAAGGAGGCUGAUCUUCUGUGGGUUCAGAAGGCGAAUCAGAAGACGGUGCCCAGUGCGGAACAGUUCCUGGUGGCAUCGGUACGGGGUGGUGACGAUGGCGCUGGAGGUGAAGGUGAAGGUGAAGGAGGUGAGGGUGGUGAUGGUUUUGGAAACCGUGAAGGCAUAGGUGGAGAUUGUGAUGGCUUCAAUGUCGACCCUGAAGGUGGAGGCGACGGCGGUAGUGGUUUUGAAGACGGAGAUGGUGACUUUGGUGAGGAUGGGAAAGAAGGGGAGCGACCACGAGAUGGCGGCAUCGGUACUGGUGAUGGAGAUGUCCUCGGUGAAGGAGCUGCUGACGGGGGUGGCGACCGUGGCGAUGGUGUUGGGGAUAGGGGUGGCAAAUUUUGA